AUGCGUCUGCCUGCAAUUGUUGGUGCCGUUGGCCUCCUGGGCACAGUAGUCGAAGCUGCUCCUCGAGGUUCUUGGUUCAGUUCUUUCCAGCAGCGUCGAGUUGCUCGGUCUCCCAAUGGAAACGCCUACGACCCUCCCAGCUAUACUCCCGUGAACACAUACACUCCUGUCAACACUUACGCGGCCACCAAGAACACCACCACACCGACAACUCACUCGAAAACUCUUGAGCCAAGCAUCCAAUGUCCUUCUAACUACGUGUUUGUCUCUACCAAGACUGUCGAUGUCACCGUCACUGUCACCGCUUCUUCCAAAGGAUCUUACUACACCACUGCUGUCUGCCACGACUGCACCAAGACCUUGACCAUUAGCAACACCAUCUACGUGCCCCCUAGCAAGUAUGCUUCAACCAUGCCAUACGGCGAGCAGAACUCUGGAUCUCCUUAUCCCGCCAACUCGACCUAUGCGGCGCCUUCUCAGACCAAGAAUGGCUACCCUUACAUGAACUCUACUAUUGGAUACUCUGCCUCUACGCCCACCGGUUAUAAAACUCCUGGCCAGAGCGCAGUCUACAGCACUGCCAAUGGCUACGUCUCUCCUCCUGUCUACACUAAACCGGUCUAUACCAAGCCUGUGUACUCGGACCCUACUUAUGGUAACUCCACUGGCACACAGUCAGGCUAUGUCCCUCCUGUGUAUACCAAGCCUGUCUAUUCCUCAGUUGCUUCUGGAAAUGGAACAGUCCCCGUGUACACGAAGCCUGUAGAAACUCCUACGUACACGCCUCCUGUUUACACUAAGCCGGUCUACUCCCAGCCCAGCAACUCAUCAACCGUUGUGCCACCAGUCAUCUCGACAACUAGUGACAAGGCCGUCUAUACCCCACCAGUCUACACUAAGCCCGCCUACUCGGUGCCUGAAAACUCCUCAACCGUUGACCCUAUUAUCUCAACUUCCACCAGCUCUGAUGAUAGCUCCGUCUACACACCGCCCGUCUAUACUGACCCCGCUGUCAGAAGCGAGUUUUCUGAGCACUCUACCGUCUCCAUCCCUACCAACUCGACAACAUACCAGGAUACAACGGUGCUUUCCACUGCUGAGAGCACGACCACCAGCGCAGAAACGGAGACACCCGCCGAGACUACCACAUCUGCCACUACCAGCUCAGAGACCUCCCCUGUGAUCCCAAUCUACCCAGCAUCUGAGGACGUUACCAGUACCCAGGACACAUCAAUUUACGAGAUCGAGACCGAGACUCCCACAACGAGUGCUACUGAGACGUCCUAUCCCACAACAACUUGA